GUUCAUAUCGGAUUCCUUGCUGGGUACAAGUCUACUGCCGAUGGUAUCAAAAAGAACAUCGCCGACCUGGCUGCAAAGUACCCCGAUUACAAAAUCGUGCUUACUGGCCAUUCGCUUGGUGGUGCUGAGGCUACUAUUGCAGCUGCAGACAUUGUUCUUACCCGUCAGGAAUGGGUGAGCAAGCUCCAGCUGUGGACCUAUGGAGAGCCACGUGUUGGUACCCCUGCGUUCGUGAACUGGCUCUCACAGCAGCCAUUCCCCAUCUACCGUGUGGUCAACAAGGGCGACCUUGUGCCUCAAAUUCCUACCCGGAGCCUCGGAUUUCAGCAUCACUCGCAGGAAGUCUGGUAUAGCCCCAAUGAUGGCACCAAAUUCUGUGGUAGUAACGGUGAG